AUGUCAAACCAGCCCCCCACGCGUUCAUACUCCACUAGCUCAGGCAUAACCCAAGCCUCCCGUCCGCACCAAGCCACGCCCUACGCCCCCCCUUAUCAGUACCAGUCCCGGCUCCCUCUGCCCCAGGCCCCGACAACCCCCCUGCCUCCGCCCCGCACAAAUACUACUACGGCGAUCCCUUAUAUUCGUGUCAACCCUCCAUCUCUCCCCGUUUCCCGUGUUCUUUUCCCUUCACAGCCUCGUCCUCUGAAGUGGCGAGAGCACCCAGGCCUCUCUCGAAUCCCGAGACUGGUUCCGACUCCUGAGACUCCGACACCCCCAGGGAGAAAAAGAGAACGAUUGCCUAGGGAGGUGUCAUCGGCACCAGGAAGUCUGAGGGACAAAGAUAGAGGAUGGAGCAUUGACGGUAGGGUUAAGGCAAGAAAGACGGUCAAGAGAGGUUUGGCGACGCCCUCGGCACCAGAACAGGGACCUGAACCGUCAAAUGACACAACGAGAACCUGGCCAUUAAUGGAUAUGGAGAGGUUGUCGCUGCAUGAAGGAUUGUCUUUGAACCCAGCAACUAGGGAGGGGGGUGGGGAUGGGGAUGGGGGUGAAGAGGCCGAAGAUGAGUCCAUGACUGGGGUCACUCAGUCUUUAGCGACAGGUGGAAAGAGGAGGACAAGCUUCAGAAGGUUCGUCAAGAAGAUUAGGAGAUCUUUUAGCAAAGUCACGGAAAGAUUAAGGGAUUAG